GCGCGCAGGCGCGCCGCCCCCUUUCCCCCGCUGCCGGUAAGGUGCUCGGUUCUUCCGAGGGAGCUAAGGCCGCGUUGGGGUGAGGCCCUCACUUCAUCCGGCGACUAGCACCGCUCCCGGCAGCGCUCGCCCAGCACUCGCCCUCGCCAUGGCCUCCGUCUCGGAGCUCGCCUGCAUCUACUCGGCCCUGAUCCUGCACGACGAUGAGGUGACGGUGACGGAGGAUAAGAUCAACGCCCUCAUUAAAGCAGCCGGUGUGAACGUUGAGCCUUUCUGGCCAGGCUUGUUUGCAAAGGCUCUGGCCAAUGUCAACAUCGGGAGUCUCAUCUGCAAUGUAGGGGCUGGUGGACCUGCCCCU